AUGUAUAAAGAGACACAUAUUUUAGAACAUGUAAUAUUAAUUAAGCAGGCACCGAACGUGCGAGAUGAAGUAAUCGUUAGAGAUAUAUUUUGGGCUUAUUCUCAUUCCAUCAAGUUGCUCAACACGUUUCCUACUGUACUCAUCAUUGAUUCAACGUACAAGACCAACAAGUACAAACUUCCACUAUUAGAGAUGGUAGGUGCUACCUCUGUUGAGAAGACCUAUUCUAUUGAGUUUGCAUUUCUAGAGAGCGAAAAAGAGGAGAAUGUUACUUACACCUUAGAGGUUGCAAAGGUGAAGGAGAAAAUUGUUUGUGCAUGGACCGAUCAGGUUAGACACAUUGGGAAUACAACAACAAACCGAGUUGAGUUUGCCCAUGCUAAAUUGAAGAAUUGGUUGGGAAAUAGUUUGAAUUAUAUUUUUCAUGAAGCUAAACGAGCCGAUAAUGUAGGCUCCAAUAGGGUAAAGUGUGGUUACACAAUUUUGAAAACCUAUGGUCUCCUAUGUGUUCGUUUUAUAGCAAAGAAGACUUCCUUUGAUCGGAGCAUCACAGUUUUGGAACACAAAUUUAAAGACAACAAUGUUUAUGCUCAAUUGGUCGGCAACAUAUCUCCAGCAGGUUUGAAUUAUAUUUUUCACGAAGCUAAACGAGCCGAUAAUGUAGGCUCCAAUACGGUAAAGCAUGGUUACACAAUUUUGAAAACCUAUGGUCUCCCAUAUGUUCGUUUUAUAGCAAAGAAGGUGAAACUUGGUAACCCGUUAAGAAUAAUUGAAGUUUGUAGUCAUUGGAAAAGGCUUAGGUUUGAUGAUGGUGGUGUCAUGAAAGACGGUAAAUCGAAGAUAACUAUCUUGAUCAAAUGGGAAGUGAUACAAGAGUUACUUUUGAAAGUCAAUGACAAUAUGAAACUCCACAUUAAAGAACAAUUGAGGAAGAUUGCUUAUUCGGAAACCACUGACUUGAAACCACCGUCUCAACCGGUAAAAAUAAAAGGUGUUCUGAAGAAGGUCAAGCCUACAUCGAGUGACAAUUCAACGGUGCAGUCUCCUUCGUAUUUUGAACAUGUUGACAAAUUUUUUUCGGACUCACCAACUCCAAAAUCUCAAAAAAGUGUUUUUAAAGGAGCUCGCAUUAACAAACCACAUCUUUCACCCUUAUACCAAAAUUCCAUUCAUUGA